AUGGCAAAAACUAGAGGUGGAAAAACUACAAAUAAUAAAUCUAAUAAACCUGCUCAUGCUCCAUUUGUACCAAUGAAUUUUAAUAAUAACAAUUAUACAAAUUAUACAAGAUCAUUAUACAACAUUAAUCCAGAAUUAAUUCAUAAUUCAUCAUCAAAUGUUUCAAUUCAGUCGAAUUUUAUAAAUCCAAAUUUGACUUAUAAUACUUAUUCAUCAAGUAAAAAUUUCAAUAGAUUACAAGUCUCAUAUAAUAAUACAAAUAAUUUUGAAGACAGAUCCAUGAUAUCCAAAAACUCUGUUAUAUCAGAGCAGCAGCAUAGAAGUUUGUCACAAGCAACCACUAUGUCAUUGGACGAACAUACACUAGUAAAUUCUUAUAAUACGGCUAAUACAGCUAUUCAACGACUUGAUAAUAACUCAAAAGAGUUAAAUUUUUCUAAUGAGCAAUUAUUAGUUAAUUGGCUAUAUACAUGGCCAGAUUUGAUUAUGCAAGUACAAAAUUUAACAGCAUCUUUACCAAAUAAGAAUAUAGCAGCUCUUGCCAAGGAUUUACUUGUUAAAAACUGUGAUCCAACAGAUGAAAAUAUUGAACAAUUUGUUGCUGGUAAAGUCUGGCAACAAAAACUUAGUAAAUAUCUUGAAGCUAGUAACUUCUCGGAGUUUAAAAAAUCUCAAUCUUUACUCAAGUCACUUGAAAACUUUAUUGCUAAAAGUUUGAAAAUUCAUGUUGAUUAUCAGGUUGUGGUUCAUAAUAAAGAAAAACUAUUUUAUAGUAAAAAUAUCUUAACAAAAAUUAAGAAACUCAAUCAACUUACUCUUUAUAUAAUUAUUCCAUUGGCAAGCCAACGAAAUUGUGUGAAUGAAUUGGAUCUUAAUCAAAUUGAUAUAGAGUCUUCAGAUAAUGAGUAA